AGCGCCCAAAGUGAAAGCACCCUUUAACUGCUUGUUCAGAGCAUUGACGUCUGUGCUGAACGUAGCCAUUGCAUGACAGUUUAGUUUGUGAGUUUUUGCAAGUAACUUUCCUUCGUAAUUAUUUUUAUUCUCUCAAUUAAGAGAGAUCGCUAAAUAAAAAUGUUUCGUAAUCAGUAUGACAGUGAUGUGACAGUAUGGAGUCCUCAGGGACGUUUACAUCAAGUAGAAUACGCCAUGGAAGCAGUAAAACUAGGAUCCGCCACUGUGGGCCUUAAGAAUAAGACACACGCUGUUCUGAUCGCGUUGAAGAGAGCAUCUUCUGAAUUGUCAGCUCAUCAGAAAAAGAUCAUACCAAUAGACAAACAUAUGGGAAUUAGUAUCUCAGGUUUAACUGCAGAUGCUAGAAUACUAAGCCGUUACAUGAGAACCGAAUGUCUGAACUACAAGUAUUCUCACGAUGAUACAUUGCCCGUGGGUCGCCUGAUUGCAUCGUUGGGAAACAAAAUGCAAACUUGCACUCAGAGAUAUGAUAGACGACCGUACGGCGUCGGUUUACUUGUUGGGGGAUACGAUGAUCAAGGACCCCACAUUUAUCAGACGUGUCCUUCUGCCAAUUACUUCGACUGCAAAGCGAUGGCUAUAGGCUCUCGCUCUCAAAGCGCGAGGACGUACUUAGAGAAGCACUUGAACGAAUUUUUGUCGUGCGAUCUCGACGAGCUGGUGAAGCACGGUCUCAGAGCGUUACGCGACACUUUACCUAACGAAGUCGAUUUGUCUAUAAAGAAUGUAUCAAUCGCGAUAGUGGGAAAGGAUUACGAUUUCACUGUUCUCGACGAAGCCGCAACGGCCGCUUACUUGUCUCAAAUCGAAGGGGACGAGAAACGCGGAAGACCCAGCGAACCAGUUGUGCAGGAUGACAGCAGACCGCCGCAAGAUCCGCCCGCUGAUGAAACCCCGCAAGAUCCUCAAGUCGCUAUCGCGAUGGAUACAGAUUGAAAAAAUAGUAACAAACUUUAUCGAAUACAAAUUUAUAAAAGAUUCAAGCUGCAUUUGUUAUUAAAUAAAAUUAAACUCUCGCGGUUUUUGUAACACAACA